AUGGUUACAUUAUUCUUUCUUCUUUGUCUUUGUCUGGUAACAGGCAUAAUAGGCCAUACAAUUGAUGGUAGACAAGUUAACUUUGCUAAUGAAUCUCAUGUUAAAAGUUUUAUGACUCAGUCAGGUCACAUUGUUGAUUGUGUGGAUAUUUACAAACAACCAGCUUUUAACCAUCCUUUACUAAAAAAUCACAAGUUGCAGAGAAAACCAAGUUUUGAAACAGAUAAGAUUACUUCUACUAAACCAAUAAAUUGGCUUGAGAAAGUUAGAUGUCCUAAAGGAACCGUUCUUAUUCAAAGAAUAACUAAAGAUGAUAUCGCGCGAGGAAAAUCUUUAUUAAAUAAUUCUUUAAUAUAUCAAGAUAGCUCCCCCGGUCAUGAAGCCAAGGUGUCUAUCCAAAAACGUCCUGCUUUCUAUGGAAUUACUGGAACUACAAGCUAUCUAUAUAUUGAAAAUGCGAACAACAAUCUUAAUAAAAUCUUAGUUGGAUGGCAUGUAUUUCCUGAAUUAUACAAAGGUAGUGAUUCAACGUUUUUGUUCACAUCAUGGACUUCUGAUGGUUUCAAGAAUACUGGAUGCUACAAUAUGUUGUGCCAAGGUUUCGUUCAAACAAACACAUUAUAUUAUCUUGGUUCAGAAAUACCUAGAACAUCUGUCUAUGAUGGAGAAACAUAUGAGAUGGAAAUUAGCCUUGCACGGGAUCCAGAAAGUAAAAAUUGGUUUUUGGCAAUUGCAACGACGAUUAUUGGAUAUUUUCCUGGAGAAUUAUUCUCCAACUUCGACUACGCGGAUGGAGCGGGAUGGGGUGGAAAAACAAUAACUCCUCCAAAUGUUAUUAAUCCUCAAAUGGGAUCAGGAUACUUUCCUGAUAAAGAUAACUUUAAGCAUGGUUGUUACUUUAGAUUUAUUGGGAUACGGGUUCAUGAUUCUGGCGAAUUUUCUGGACCUGAAAAUGUAGAAGUACACAGUGAUGUUCCAAGUUGUUAUAAGGUUGAAUUCUAUGGAGAAGACAUAGAAGAGUAUGGAUAUUCUCUUCAAUUUGGAGGUCCUGGUGGUGAUAAUUGUCAUAUUUAA